AUGACAGCAAAAACUCGUUCACAUUGGAAGGAAUACGGAACGGCGCUAUGUGCGACACUCAUCACCGCAACAGCGGGUACUUGCUACGGUUGGCCAUCUCCGAUCCUCAACUAUCUCCAGUCACCUCAGAGCCACAUACCGACCACAUCAGAUCAGGGAUCAUGGAUAGUAUCCAUCAUGAUUCUGUGUUCGGCACUAACGCCGAUCCCAUCUGCCUAUUUCGCUGACCGUUUUGGAAGAAAAACCACUCUUCUCCUUGGAGCCAUACCAUUCAUCCUGGGCUGGUUACUGGUCAUCGUGGCCAAGUCUGUGGCUGUUUUGUACGUAGCCAGAAUGUUUUCUGGUCUCGGGUAUGGCAUCGUGUACACAGUGGCACCCAUGUACACGGGCGAAAUAGCCACAAAUGAAGUCCGUGGCGCCCUCUCUACUCUCAUUACAUUAAUGAACAAGGUCGGAAUUCUCUCGCAAUACUGCAUCGGACCCUUUGUAACGAUACGAACCUUAGCCGCCAUAAACUUGAUCUUGCCAAUUACGUUCGUAAUUACCUUCAUCUUUCUGCCCGAAUCGCCCUACUAUUAUCUGAAAUUCGAGCGCUCGGAGCGAGCGGAGCGGGCUCUUCGGCACCUGCGCAGCGGCGACAUACGAUUGGAACUCAAGAACAUAGAAAUAAACGUCCAAGAAGACAUGAAGAAUAGAGGCACAUGGAGCGACUUGAUCACAGAGGCGACAAACAGAAAAGCUCUCUGGAUAAGCUUGGGAAUAUUCACGAUCCAACAAUUCUGCGGUAGCGCCGCCGUCGUAGCGUACGCCCAAGUUAUUUUCGAAGUCACCGAGAGCCACAUCGAGCCCUAUCAAGAAACCAUAUACCUGGGUUGUGUACAAGUCGCCACGUGCUGUCUGUCGGUACUGCUCGUGGAUAGGGUCGGCAGGAAGCCUCUCUUAUUGCUAUCUGCAUUGGGAGUCGGCCUGAUGAACGGCGUCAUCGGAACGUACUUCUACUUCUACAUAUCUAACAAAGCGUCCGUUGCAAGCCUGCAUUGGUUGCCCAUAACGGGCAUUCUCAUCUACAUCGUGUGCUAUGCCGUCGGCCUUUCAACUGUGCCGUAUGUGAUCAUCGGGGAAAUGUUCCCUACCAACGUCAAGCUUUACGCGUCGUGUGUCGCACAUAUUUACACUGGCGUAUCUAUGUUCGCCGUUCAGAAGCUGUUUCAGGUGGUGAAAGAUGCCUGGGGCAUUUACACAGUAUUUUGGGGUUUCUCCGUAUUCUCGAUCCUCGGCCUCGUUUUCAUGUUGGCCGUGCUGCCCGAGACCAAAGGCAAAUCCUUCGCCUGCAUCCAAGCCCAAUUGAAGAGAGACGUCGCCCGCGAUAAUGCUAGCAAACUGAUGACUGUCGAGUAUUAA